GAUUUAGGUUAAAACUUCAUAAGCAUUGCACUGUUCCUUGAACGAGUGAAGUGAGGAAGCAAUGACUCGUUUGAGCUCUGAGCAGGUAUUGAAAGACAACAAUGCCGUCAAUCCAAGUUCAAUUUCCAGUCUUCACCUCACUCACAAAGCUCUUUCCGAUGUAUCAUGCUUAGCCAGCUUCAAUAAAUUGGAAAAGCUUGACCUAAAAUUCAACAAUCUCACUUCACUUGAGGGAUUGAGGGCAUGUGUUACUUUGAAGUGGUUAUCAGUUGUGGAGAAUAAAUUGGAAAGCUUAGAAGGAAUUCAAGGACUUACUAAGCUCACUGUACUAAAUGCAGGAAAAAAUAAACUUAAAUCUAUGGAUGAGAUUGGGUCACUUAGUACCAUCCGUGCCCUGAUUUUGAAUGACAAUGAGAUUGUCUCCAUUUGCAAUCUUGAUCAGAUGAAAGAAUUGAAUACUCUCGUUCUAUCUAAAAAUCCUAUCCGUAAAAUUGGCGAGGCUCUGAAGAAGGUGAAAUCCAUCACAAAGCUUUCCCUUUCUCAUUGUCAGCUUGAGGGUAUUGACACUUCCCUCAAGUUUUGUGUUGAACUGACAGAGCUUCGUCUUGCUCACAAUGAUAUUAAGUCUCUCCCAGAAGAACUAAUGCACAAUUCAAAGCUUCGGAAUUUAGAUUUGGGGAAUAAUGUGAUCGCAAAAUGGUCAGAUAUAAAGGUGCUCAAAUCACUCACCAAACUGAGAAAUCUCAAUUUACAAGGAAAUCCUGUUGCUACAAAUGAGAAAGUUAUAAGAAAGAUUAAGAAUGCAUUGCCAAAGCUACAAGUAUUCAACGCCAAACCAAUAGAUAAAGAUACAAAGAAUGAGAAAGGUCACAUGACCGAUGAUGCUCAUGAUUUUUCAUUUGAUCAUGUCGAUCAAAAUGAGGAUGAUCAUCUUGAAGCUGCUGACAAAAGGAAGUCCAAUAAAAAAAGAAAGGAAACUGCUGAUGCAUCCGAGAAGGAAGCUGGGGUCUAUGAUAAGGAAAAUACAGGUCAUAACAAGGAUAAUGGAAAUAAAAAGAAAGACAAACUCACAGGUACUGUUGAUCCUGACACGAAGAAUAAAUCAACGAAGAAAAAGCUAAAAAAGGACGACAACAAGCCCUCGGAAAAAGCUUUGGCUCUUGAGGAGAAUGUUAAUAGGACUGAGAAGAAAAAGAAGAAUCGAAAGAACAAGGAACAAAGUGAAUUUGAUAUUAUUGAUGAUGCCGAAGCUUCAUUUGCUGAAAUUUUUAACAUCAAGGAUCAGGAAAAUCUGAAUCAUGGUGGUGAAAUGAAGCUACAGGACCAAGUGCCUAAGGAUUUGAAAUUGGUGAGCAGCAUAGAAACUUUACCUGUCAAGCAUAAGAGUGCCAAAAUGCAUAACGUGGAGUCUCUAUCAUCUCCAGGAACAGAAAUCGGAAUGGGAGGUCCAUCAACAUGGGGAGAUUAGUUAUAACUUGUCGAGAUAUGCCGCUAUGUUUAAAAACCUGCAAUUUUUGACUCUUGACUCAUCUGUUAGUUUUCUCAUUGCAUCUCUCCUUGUUCAGGGUGAGCACAUUUAUUUUCUGCUUUGUUUUUGACAUUUUUGACCAGUAGGAAUCGAGCUCGGUACUCUAGGGUUUACAACCAACCACUUGUGCUAAGCCCAGGUGGAGGCUAACAUGUGAAUUGCACAUCAGAUUCUGGCCCUGCUCGUGAUGUUUGUCUCUUUAGAUUCAAUCAAUACCUUUCUUGCCUUUUCCAUUAUUUAGUGAGUUUUUUUUGUAACCAAUUACUUCAAAUGAAUUUCUUCAUAUGCCAUUAAGUUUCACGUCUCCUCUCCCCUCCCCUUUUUGCAUGAGUACUAUGAAAUGCAGUUAGAAAUUGUUGUUGCUAUCCAAAGGGGGUUUAAAAUUUCCAGUUACUCUUAUUUGUAAUCUUCAUCCAAAAAUGUAAUUGUGUGUAUACAUGUCAACCACUGGCAAAUGCAACAAUAUCUUGGUAUCCAUGUAUAAUCAAAAGAUAUUUUUGGUA